AGAGACGAAGAAGAGCAAGUGUUUCUUCCGGUUCUGUAAUGAAGAUGGCAACAGUGCAGAGGUGCAGAGAGUAAACAUAAAUAAACGCUUUACUCUCAUUACUGUGUCACAAACAACACUUUUUAUUCAGACUGCGACGAAAUGACGAACCGAACGGCGUAUUUCUACGAUCCGGACGUGGGGAACUUUCACUACGGUGCUGGACACCCGAUGAAGCCUCACCGUCUGUCUCUCACACACAGUCUGGUGCUGCACUAUGGGCUCUACAAGAAGAUGAUGGUGUUCAAGCCGUACAAGGCGUCUCAGCACGACAUGUGCCGCUUCCACUCGGAGGAUUACAUCGACUUCCUGCAGAAGGUCAGUCCUAACAACAUGCAGGGCUUCACCAAGAGCCUCAACGCCUUCAACGUCGGAGACGACUGUCCUGUGUUUCCGGGUCUGUUUGAGUUUUGUUCGAGGUACACUGGUGCCUCUCUGCAAGGAGCCACUCAGUUAAAUCACAAGAUAUGUGACAUUGCCAUAAACUGGGCUGGAGGUUUACAUCACGCUAAAAAGUUUGAGGCGUCUGGCUUUUGCUACGUGAACGACAUUGUCAUCAGUAUUCUUGAACUUUUGAAGUAUCAUCCGCGCGUGCUCUACAUCGACAUCGAUAUUCAUCACGGAGACGGUGUUCAGGAGGCCUUUUAUCUCACAGACAGAGUCAUGACCGUAUCCUUCCACAAAUACGGGAACUACUUCUUCCCAGGAACUGGAGACAUGUAUGAGGUGGGAGCUGAGAGCGGACGCUAUUACUGUCUGAACGUCCCGCUGCGAGACGGGAUCGACGACCAGAGCUACAGACACCUGUUUCAGCCGGUCAUCAAGCAGGUGGUGGACUUCUAUCAGCCCACGUGCAUCGUCCUGCAGUGUGGAGCUGAUUCUCUGGGCUGUGAUCGAUUGGGAUGCUUCAAUCUCAGCAUACGCGGUCAUGGAGAUUGUGUGGAGUUCGUGAAGAGCUUCAAGAUCCCGCUGCUCGUCCUGGGAGGAGGAGGAUACACCGUGAGGAACGUUGCUCGAUGUUGGACGUAUGAAACCUCUUUGCUGGUUGAGGAGUCCAUUAGUGACGAGCUGCCGUACAGUGAAUACUUUGAAUAUUUUGCUCCAGACUUCACACUUCACCCAGAUGUCAGCACAAGGAUAGAAAACCAGAACUCUAGACAAUAUCUGGAGCAGAUCCGUCAAACAGUGUUUGAGAACCUGAAGAUGCUGAAUCACGCACCAAGCGUCCAGAUCCAUGACGUCCCCUCAGAUUUACUGAGCUACGAGCGUCCAGACGAGGCCGACCCUGACGAGCGAGGAUCAGAAGAUAACUUCUCCAGGCCUGAAGCUGCGAACGAGUUUUACGAUGGUGACCAUGAUAACGAUAAAGAGAGUGACGUGGAGAUCUGAAGAUCAGCUCGUGCCAUGAUCAUUCCCUGCCAUAUCUGGAGUACUUCUGUCUGUAUUGUGACGAGUGUGUGUGUAGUCUGCCACGUGUGUGUUUAUUGUCAGGACUGUAUUUUCUGCAGCUCUGUACUGAAAAGCUUCAGGAAUCAUGUGAUGAAGGAUGGCGUUGUGUUGUAUGCCUGAUCUCCACAUGGUUGUGAUACACAGAAUAUUUUCGUCUUGGCUUUUCAUAAGUUGUUUAUAGAAUGUUUCUGUAAUAAACUAUUUGCAAAAUGUCA